GAGCCACCAUCAUCCGGUCCGAAUCCUCCAGUACCUCAGGUCUCAUCCAAACUGCAACCAUGAAACUCAUCAUCGCCGCCUUUGUUGUGAUCGCACUGGCUCAAGGGAGCCUUGCCGCCGAUACUACUACUGAGCUGGAAGUUAUCAGCCAGAAAUUCGAGGAGAUCAAGAACAAGAUGACCGAGGAGCUGACCAAGCUGAUCAACACUCAGGAGUUGAGCAGCCAGGCCCAGGCUUUCCUGGAGCAGCAGAGGAACCAGUUUGAGCCCAUGGUGACCCAGGUCCAGGAGCAGAUGAGGGCAGCGGCCGCCAGCAUGCAGGAGCAGAUCGAGCCCAUGGCCACCAACAUCCAGACACAGAUGCAGCCCAUGGUGCAGAAGUUCCAGGAGCAGAUGGAGGCCAUCCUCAGGCAGCUGACCGAGCAGGCCAAAGCCCUGACCAACUAAAAAGUCAAAAAGGGAAUCUGCAGCCAUGGACUGACUCCCUUUUGGACUCCACACGUGUUUCCGUACCUUUGUGAUAUGGACGAUUUCAUCUCCAAAACCAAAGAUGUGCAAUAAAAUCUUGAAACACA